ACUGUGAAGCAGAUUUCCAGAAUCAACAGGCAAGCCGUGGCUGGACUCAUUAGAGAUGGUGCUGUCUUUGACUCAGCCAUCUUUCUUAGGAAUACUCCCACUGUUGUUGAUGUCAAACCUACUACAGUGGGAGAAUGUGACUUCUGCUUCUAUUCACCACAAUGAGAAUCACUAUGGUGAGGUGUCCCUCAAAGGCCUGUUUGAACAUGCAAUCAAACUGUCAAAGGAAUCCACUGCUCUCACUAUGGAAAUGCGCAAGAUAUUUUUCUCCGAUGGCUUCUCCUCAAAAAUGUUCAAAAAAAUUGUAUUGGAUUUUCUUAAGGACCCGAAGCACAUGAUGGAGACUCUCAACAGCUGCCACACAUUUUCCCUCAACAUUCCAGAAACUGUGGAGGAAGCCAGAAAGAUCUCACUUGAAGACUUCCUGAAAACUAUACUCAGAAUAUUUAAUGCCUGGAAUAAACCUCUGUACCACCUAGAGACCGAACUCCAUGGUAUGAAAGGUGCCCCUGAUGCAAUUUUACUAAGAGCCAAAGCCAUCAGAACUCUAAACAAAGAGUUUCUAGAGACUAUCAUGAUGAUACUCAGCAAGGUUCACCCUGGGAUGGAGGAAAUUAAUGACUACCCUUUAUGGACAGAUUUGGCAUCCUUGAAGGCAACUGACAAAGAACAUCAAUUUUUUGCUCUUUAUAAAUUGUUUUACUGUCUGCGUGUUGAUAUACUUUCAGUUGACCUUAAUCUCAAGCACUUGAUGUGUGUGCUUUAUAGUGGUGACAUCUGCAACUCUGUAAAAUUUUUUGAAGAUUUUUGAUGAACCACUGUUUCGAAAUUUCUUACAAUUUUAGACUUUUCAAGGUAUGCCUGAGUAUAAUGGUUCUCUUUCAUAAAAUAAAAAGAGACAUAAAAGCAUCUUA